CCCUCUGGAAAAAAAUAAUUUUUCCCCCCUCCCCAAAUUCUGGGGGCUACUCCCUUGCUGCUCCCAUAGAUUCUGGGCUUGUGUCCCCCUCCCCCAAUUGUUGGGGGCAUCUACUGUCGACAGUUGGCGAAUUCUUUAGAGGGGAUUUGGGGAGACCACCUUGUGCGGCGGAGCACCUGGGCCUCCCAGGGUGUCCGCCCCCUUUAAAGGGGACAGGAGCACCUAGACAGUGUCCUUUGUAUUCUCUCUGUGAUCCCCCCUCACCCCGAUCCGAGGCCUCUGUCGUCCCCCCCCACACACACACACACUCAAACACACACCCCUAGCCCUGCCCUAGUAGCGAGGCCAUGGCGAAGAAGACCACAGAGAACGGCAUCUACAGCGUAUCCAGGGAAAAGAAGGGCUCGCUUCUAGACCCCGCAGACGGGGCCCCCCCAGUCAAGGCCGAGGUGAUGGCCGCAGGACUGGGGGGCCCGGGCCCGGGCCUGGCCAUCCCGCCCCGGGAGACAUGGACCCGCCAGAUGGACUUCAUCAUGUCUUGUGUGGGAUUUGCGGUGGGCCUUGGCAACGUCUGGCGUUUCCCGUACCUGUGCUACAAGAACGGCGGAGGAGUAUUCCUCAUUCCCUAUCUUCUGAUUGCUGUUCUGGGAGGUAUCCCUAUCUUCUUCCUGGAGAUCUCGCUGGGCCAGUUUAUGAAAGCUGGCAGCAUCAAUGCUUGGAACAUCUGCCCCCUCUUCAAAGGCCUAGGCUUUGCCUCCAUGGUGAUUGUCUUCUAUUGCAACACUUACUACAUUAUGGUGCUGGCCUGGGGUUUCUACUACCUGGUGAAGUCCUUCACGGCCUCACUGCCCUGGGCCUCCUGCGGGCAUGACUGGAACACCCCAGAGUGUGUGGAGAUCUUCCGCCAGGAGGACUGUGCCAAUGCCAGUGUGGCCAACCUCACUUGUGACCAACUCUCAGAUCAGCGCUCCCCUGUCAUUGACUUCUGGGAAAAGAAAGUCCUUCGCCUGUCCCCAGGUCUUGAUGUUCCUGGGGAUCUCAACUGGGAGGUGACCCUCUGCCUUCUAGCCUGUUGGGUUUUGGUCUACUUUUGUGUCUGGAAGGGAGUCAAGUCAUCCGGAAAGAUUGUUUAUUUCACUGCUACAUUCCCCUAUGUCGUCCUCCUUGUCCUGCUGGUGAGGGGGGUCAUGCUGCCAGGAGCAUUGGAUGGCAUCAUCUACUAUCUCAAGCCUGACUGGUCCAAGCUGGGAUCUCCACAGGUAUGGAUUGAUGCUGGUACACAGAUCUUCUUUUCCUAUGCCAUCGGCCUGGGGGCACUCACAGCUCUGGGCAGCUACAAUCGUUUUAACAACAACUGCUACAAGGACGCCAUCAUACUCUCACUCAUCAACAGCGGUACCAGCUUCUUUGCCGGCUUUGUGGUGUUCUCCAUCCUAGGUUUCAUGGCCAUGGAACAGGGUGUGCACAUCUCCAAGGUGGCUGAGUCAGGACCAGGGCUGGCCUUCAUUGCCUAUCCCCGGGCUGUCACUCUGAUGCCUAUGGCCCCACUCUGGGCUGCCCUCUUCUUCUUCAUGUUACUGAUGCUUGGCCUGGACAGCCAGUUCGUAGGGGUAGAAGGAUUCAUCACUGGCAUCCUGGAUCUCCUCCCGGCCUCCUACUAUUUUCGUUUCCAGAGGGAGAUCUCUGUAGCUGUGUGCUGUGCAGUCUGCUUCAUCAUUGACCUCUCCAUGGUUACUGAAGGCGGCAUGUACGUCUUCCAGCUGUUUGACUACUAUUCGGCCAGUGGUGUGACUUUGCUAUGGCAGGCUUUCUGGGAGUGUGCGGUGGUUGCCUGGGUUUAUGGUGCUGACCGGUUCAUGGAUGAUGUUGCCUGUAUGAUCGGCUACCGGCCUUACCCUUGGAUGAAAUGGUGCUGGUCCUUCUUCACCCCACUGGUCUGCAUGGGCAUCUUCACCUUCAAUGUGGCAUAUUACAAGCCACUUGUAUACAACAACACCUAUGUGUACCCGUGGUGGGGCGAAGCAAUGGGCUGGUGCUUCGCCAUUUCCUCCAUGCUGUGUGUGCCACUUUACCUACUGUACCACCUCCUCGGGGCCAAGGGGACAUUCAUUGAGCGUUGGCGUGACCUGACCCAGCCAGUGUGGGGUCUCCAUCACUUGGAGUACAAGGCUCAGGACUCUGAUGUCAGGGGCCUGACCACCCUGACUCCAGUGUCUGAGAGCAGCAAGGUCAUCGUGGUGGAGAGCGUCAUGUGACCUGCCCUUGAGGGGGUGGGGCAGGAAGGGGGCACCUGCCUCUGCCCCAGUGCCCAAAGCCAAUGGGGAGAGACAACCACUGCUCUCCCUGUCCUUUGCCUACCCACCCACCCCCCCACCAGCCUCCCUUCUUGUAGCCAUAGUAAACCCCCCUCUCACUCCUUUCAACCCCCUUCACUGAGACCCUGGGGAGGGGGAAGCCUUUUCUGUAUGAUAUUGAUAGAGGGGACCCGGGUCAGGCUGGGGCCAUGGUGUAUGAGUGCUUGAGUUGAACUGGUUUUCUCUUUCUUUUUUAAAAUAAAAACCAAAAAAAAUAUAAAAUUCUAAACACCACCAAAAUCUAGACCCCACC